AUUGUCUGCAGAUAUCCAACGGCAUGAAUUACCCAUUAGCAAAGCUGGUUCCUUGCUCCAUUUCAAGUCAAUGAGCAGUUGGCCAGGGCCAAUGACCGCCCAGUGUACUGUAUCGGCGGAUCUGUCGCCUUAGGUUUGUCGACGGUGUAGCUACUGAGUACUUCAGAGUACUGUAGCAAUCAAAGAAACUUGAUUCUCCAGCACCAUCUAUUAAUAGCGCCGCCUCUCCUGACAUCAUACUUGUGGUCUCAGAUUGUCGUCGCUUUCUCUUUCCUUCCUCAGGUGCUGAUCAGCAAACAAUCGAACUUCGGGACUCAGUUUUGGUGCUAGCUUUGCUAAGGGGCCGCAAUUGUGAAGGUGAAAUUACCUGCCAUAUUGGAAUACCUGAACGAAGCGGGAAGCUGCGCCAGCAACAAGGCCGAGCAAGCAGCCUGUGCAUCAAGUGCUUCUGCUUUGUUUCUUUUUCCACUUCUGUGGCGGCAGGAUGAUUCCCCCUUUACAGUCCCUUGUCAAGUAUGACAAUCCUGUGCAAGUGAGCACAGGAAAAGGCAAAUCAAAGACCCUGAAAGGAGACAAAGGGACUCUGAAAGGUACUCUACCAAAGGGCACAAAGAUCCUUCCGCCAGUCGAGCAAAAGCCAGGUUUCACGCAGACAGAGGACAUUUUGAACAGCAUACUGCCGCCAAGGGAGUGGACGGCGGAGGAUAGCCAGCUCUGGGUGCAAUAUGUGUCCAGCACCCCAGCCACACGGUUAGAUGUGAUUAACCUUCAGGAGAGAUUGGACCAGCAGCUGCAGCAGCGGCAAGCAAGGGAGACGGGGAUCUGCCCUGUACGGGAGGAGCUGUACGCUCAGUGCUUUGACGAGCUCAUCAGGCAGGUGACAGUCAACUGUGCCGAGCGCGGUCUCUUGCUUCUCAGGGUACGGGACGAGAUGAGAAUGACCAUAGCCGCGUACCAAACUCUGUAUGAGAGCAGCGUUGCCUUUGGCAUGCGAAAGGCCCUGCAGACGGAGGCCGGGAAGGCAGACAUGGAGGUCCGCAUUCAGCAGCUGGAAGGGGAGCACAAGGAGCUCGAGCGGCAGCUCCAGGAGUGGAAGAACAAGGCGGAGGCUAUCGAGAAGCGGGAAAGCGAACGGCGAGCUCUGGACGAAAAGAAGCACGCCGAGGAGGUAGCCUACCUGCAGCGAUCGAACAAGCAGCUGAAGCAACAGCUGGAAACGUUUUUAGCGCCACCAAAGAAGUAAGAUGCUGCUAAGAUGGGGAGAUCUGACCGAUUUGAAUGGCAGAUAGCUCUUGAGAAGAACACUAGUAUCUCUGAAGAAUUGGGAAUGGGGAAUCACAAGCGCAGUUCAUUAAGGUGCACGGUGGAUAUAGUACGGGAUGCAGACAUCUUUGAGAGAUAAUGAAAUUAGGAGUAGUUUUGUAUACAAUUAAUGGGAAGUUCUAAAGCUUUCAAGACGUCGAGGCUGAUCAGACUGUUGGUGCAGAAUAUAGGGGGAAUUUCCAAGCGAAGCGCUGCAAGUCAACAUCCAACAUGAUUGCAACUCUGUGUACUUUUUGCAACGGCACAACAGAA